AUGGCCAUGGCAAGCAGCACCGAGCUUAUGCAAGCUGAGGCCGACCUCGUGCGCCACUCCCUGGGCUACCUCAAGUCCAUGGCAUUGCACAGUGCUGUCAAGCUUGGAGUUGCUGAUGCUCUCCACCGUUGUGGUGGCAGCGCCUCCUUGCCCGACCUGCUUGCCACCCUCCCCCUCCCUCCAAGCAAACAGCCCUACUUGUCACGCCUCAUGAAGGUGCUAGCCACGGAAGGAAUCUUUGUGGCCGAGGAGGGUCUGGCUGUCGCCAACGGCAGCGACGGGGCGACCUGCGUGUACCACCUAAACACAAUGUCUCGCCUCCUCGUCAACGACGCUGGCAUCAAUGGCGGCAGCUCGUGGAAGCUGUCGUCGUGCAUUCUCAUGACGACUACGCCGCAGAUUGUUGGAUCCGCCCUGCAGCUUGGGCAGUGGUUCCAAAGCGAUGGCGAGGCCACGCCGUUCGUGAUGGCCAACGGCCGGCCCCCCUAUGGGGUUGCUGCCCACGACGCCGAGUUUAACUCGGUGUUCAACGAGGCCAUGGCAGCCGACAGCCGGUACCUGGCCGACCUCGUGGUCCGUCAGUGUGGCGAGGUGUUCGAGGGGAUAACCUCGCUGGUCGACGUCGCCGGCGGGACCGGUACGAUGGCGAGGGCCAUUACCAAGGCAUUCCCACACGUCAAGUGCUCAGUUCUUGACCUCCCACAUGUGAUCCAAGGCGUCUCGGCUCAGGCCGACAAUGUGGAGUUUGUUGCUGGGGACAUGAUGGAGUUCAUUCCACCUGCUGAUCGCAUUUUACUUAAGUAUGUGCUGCAUAACUGGAGCGACGAGGAUUGCGUGAAGAUCCUAACACGAUGCAGAGAGGCCAUUGCCCACGGAGAAAAAGAAGGGAAGGUCAUCAUCAUCGAUGAAGUGGUUGGAUCUCGCUCACAGAACAUACUCGAAGCCCAGCUCUUGAUGGAUAUGCAAAUGAUGUCACUAUUUAUGGCCAAAGAACGAUAUGAGCAAGACUGGAACAACAUAUUCACGGAAGCAGGAUUUGUGAAUUACAAAAUUCGACCUAUCCUAGGGGUGCGAUCGGUCAUUGAACUCUACAUAUAA